AUGGCAGAUGAUAAAACAAGUUUACUCAGUGGAUCAAGACCAAGCCCUCCAGCACCGCCUGAUUUCACAUCGACUUCAUCUACAGAUGCAGUCUAUCAUGACAGCUCACAGACACCAACAGCUAGGUUGAUACAAGUUCUGUUUGUGGCUCUUGUUGUUGUGAUGGUACUGCUGAGCAUUUCUUUGUCCAUAUAUCGUGGAAUCGACACAGCAGUUGAAGGAGGAAAGUAUUUGAUGUUGGGCAUAAGUCUCGCUGGUUUUGUUGCAGUGCAAAUACUAAUGAUCAACUUUACAAGACGAGGAGAUCUUCCAAGAGGCAAGACCUGGUUUUUGUAUUUUGUUGGCGUGUGUGUCAUUUUAGAGGCUAUAUUUGUUGAUGUACUUCUUUUUCAAUAA